AUGGCUAAUUCUACAGUGACUGAGUUUCUCCUCAUGGGCUUUGCUGAGAGGUGGGAGCUAAGGCUCCUGCUCUCCCUGCUAUUCCUUCUGAUGUACCUGGCCACCCUCACAGGGAACAUUCUUAUCAUCAGUGCCACCACACUUGACCAGAACCUUCAUACACCCAUGUACUUCUUCCUCAGGAACCUGUCCAUCUUAGACAUGUGCUAUGUUUCUGUCACUGUCCCCAGUGCCUGUGUCAACUCCCUCACUGACAAUAGGGCUAUUUCAGUGGCUGGCUGUGCAGCUCAGAUCUUCCUGGUUAUUUAUUGUAUGUAUGUGGAGCUCCUGUUCCUCACCAUCAUGGCCUGUGACCGCUAUGUGGCCAUCUGCCAGCCCCUCCACUACCCCAUCAUCUUAACCCACCAAUUCUGUGUCUGGACAACACUGGUCUCCCUGCUCAGUGGCCUCAUCUAUGCAGGUGUGCACACAGGGAACACAUUCCGGCUGUCCUUCUGUCAGUCCAACGUGGCCCAUCAGUUCUUCUGUGACAUCCCUUCUCUGCUGAGUCUCUCCUGCUCUGACACCUUCAACAACUUUAUAUUACUUGUUGUUUCUGCCAUACUGAUUGGUUGUGGGUCUUUUACUUUUAUCACUGUGUCAUAUAUUUACAUAUUUUCCACUGUGCUGAAGCUUCCAACCAAGGAGAGAGGAAAGGCCUUCUCCACCUGUGUCCCUCACAUCCUAGUGGUGUCUGUCUUCCUCAGUUCCACCAGCUCUGUGUACCUAAGGCCUUCAGGAGCCUCUGACAUUCUCCAGGGAGUGAUUCUUACUCUAUGUUAUACAAUAGUUCCUCCAUUCUUGAAUCCCAUUAUCUACAGUCUUAGAAACACACAGGUAAAGGAAGCAGUAAUGAAAGUAAUAUUAAGGCAAUAUUAUUCAGGAAAUUAA